CUUCACUUACAUCUCCAGGCACAGACACCUGAAGCUAAAAAAUAUCCUGUCGGAGUGUUGGUGAUCCUCUGCAGCCAUGUGCGACCAGACGUUCCUUGCGGCCACCUUUGGCCCGUGUGACAACUGUUCAAAAGCCAGUCCUCUGAUGAACAUCUACCUGAAGAAUGAGCCCAUCAACUACUGCUCCUUCUGCGUGGAAAUGAUGGCCUGCCAGGGGCUCCAGAAAGGAGAGACCCUGACCUCCCUGAAGAAGGAGAGCGAGACCCUGAAGAAGAAGCUCGAGGAGGAGCGGGGCAAGCUGACCGACGUGGAGCUUCACCAGGUAGCUGAGAAGGUGGAAGCAGUGGCGGCUCUCUCCAUAAAGACCAGACGUGUUUUGAAGGGUCAUGGGAACAAGGUGCUGUGCAUGGACUGGUGCAAAGACAAACGUCGUCUAGUCAGCUCUUCUCAGGAUGGCAAAGUCAUCGUCUGGGAUGGUUUCACUCUUAAUAAGGAACACGGGGUCACCCUGCCGUGUACAUGGGUGAUGGCGUGUGCGUAUGCUCCCUCAGGUUGUGCUGUGGCAUGUGGCGGGUUGGAUAACAAGUGCUCAGUGGUCCCGCUCUCAUUAGACAGAACUGAGAAUUUAGCUGCAAAGAAGAAGUCUGUGGCCAUGCACACCAACUACGUGUCAGGAUGCAGCUUCACCAACUCUGACAUGCAGUGCCGUUUCUACGACCUGCGAGCCGACCGCGAAGUAGCCGUCUAUCAGAAGGACAGCAUCAUAUUUGGAGCCUCCAGUGUGGACUUCUCUCUGAGCGGUCGGCUGCUUUUUGCCGGGUAUAAUGACUACACCAUCAACGUGUGGGACGUCUUGAAGGGAAACCGUGUUUCGGUCCUGUUUGGUCACGAGAACCGCAUCAGCAGGCUCCGGGUUUCACCAGACGGCACCGCGCUCUGCUCGGCCUCCUGGGACAACACCUUACGGAUCUGGGCCUAAACGUGUGUCGACCGUCACUUCCUGCCUGAUCRGCUGCAGUUUGUGGAUGAAAAACUGCAGUCGGACACAGAAGCUAAACUCAGCUCAUUCUUUAGCUGUUGAUUUUACCAAAGAGUUGAACAAAACUGAAUCCCUACCUUUGUCUGUUAGUUUCUUUGGUUUUGUGUAAUCAUGUAAGUGACAUUAUUUAUUUAGUAAGUAUUAAAUACUUGUAAUGAGACAAAAUAUGCAUCUUAAUGAACGGCUUACAGAUAAAGACACUAUCGUUUUUUUUGUUUGUUUUUUUGGGGGGUUUUUUGUUAGCUUUUGUUCGGUGGGCGAACUGUAUUCUGUUAAUGCUACACUUUCACUGUAAGAAUAAAAAGUAAUUAAAUCUUAUGAUUGGCAGCACCUGGGGGUACACAGCAAAAAUGCCUGUGCUAAUUUAA